CGUGCAACUAAUGUACAUAUUUCAUCAGGAGCCUUCUCUGCAUGCAGCUGUGAUGCUUGAACAAGCAUCCUACUGCUAUUUGCUUUCCAUCCCACCAAUGUUACGCAAGUAUGGUUUUCAUCUUGUUUUGUCUGGAAAUCGUUACUACAUUUCUGAUCAGAGACAACAUGCGAUUCGAGCUUACAGGAAUGCACUCUUCGUUUACAGAGAAAAUGGUUGGAGUUAUAUAUCUGAUCAUGUUCACUACAAUGUUGGAAGGUUCUCUAUGCUUUGUUUGUAUAUUUGUGCAUUUAUCUUUGAUGCUUUUGACCUUAUCUCCUUCCAUUUACUUACGUGGUAUUCUUUUAUUGGAGUUCUUGAUUUGGCUAUCAAGCAUAUGCUGGAGGUUUUGGUUUGCAGUCAUCUGUCCCUAGCCACACAAAAUGUAUUCCUUAAUAAAUUUUCCCAUGUUGUCCAGAGCAUGGGAAUGAAAUUUGAGGUUUACAAUCUUCGACUACCUGUUAUUAAUAUGGCCUCACUCUGCAACAUAUUAGAACAGUGGAUGCUUUAA